AUGGAAUGCUAUGACGUAGCAAUCAAACUCAAUCCAAAAGACGCUGUUUUAUACUAUAAUAAAGGUAACGCUUUUUAUGAUUUAGAAAGAUAUCUAGAAGCAAUCGAAUGCUAUAACAAAGCAAUUAAACUCAAUCCAAACUACGCUAUAUUUUACAAUAAUAAAGGCAACGCUUUUAAGAUCUUACAAAGAUAUCUAGAAGCAAUCGAAUGCUAUGAAGAAGCAAUCAAACUCAAUCCAAAAGAUGCUGAUUUAUACAAUAAUAAAGGCGACGCUUUUUAUGAUUUAGAAAGAUAUCUAGAAGCAAUCGAAUGCUAUGACGUAGCAAUUAAACUCCAUCCAAAAGAUGCUGAUUUAUACAAUAAUAAAGGCGACGCUUUUUAUGAUUUAGAAAGAUAUCUAGAAGCAAUCGAAUGCUAUGACGAAGCAAUUAAACUCAAUCCAAACAAUGCUAUUUUUUACAAUAAUAAAGGUAACGCUUUUAAGAUUUUACAAAGAUAUCUAGAAGCAAUCGAAUGCUAUGACGUAGCAAUUAAACUCAACCCAAAAGAUGCUGAUUUUUACUUAAAUAAAUUAGGAAGAUACACAGAAGCAGUAGAGAGCUAUGAUGAAGCAAUCAAAAUCAAUUCAAAUAA